CGCCUCACCAGGACGGUUGCUGCCAUUGGCCUCUUUACUGCCCCGUGUGCACCUUCAGGUUGAUUCGUGGCAAAAUGUUUCUCGCCAGGGCGGCACGAUGCCCCCCUCACCUCCGUGCAACCUAUGUGGAGAUCUCCAAUUACUUCCGCGGCACGCAACUCGGCCGGCCUGCAGCAUUGCAAGCUCAUUCCCCUGUACGAUCAUUUCACGACUUCAGCGAAAAGAAUCGCGCCAAUGUAUCGCCUGCAGAAUUCCUAGAUAAGUUCAAACAAUCGAUUGAAUUCUCUCAGGCGACAUGGGACAUCGACACUCUACGCGCUGAGGGGCAUGAAGGCCUAUCGGUGGUUCUUCAUGGCUACCUAGACAAGCGCGAUGAUAUAGGCAAGGAGCUCUCGUUCGUUCCCUUGUUCGAACCCAACCUGAAUCGCUCUAUACAACUACUCUCAAAUGAGAGCAGCAACACACUUUCUCAGCUCAAGAAGAUUAGCAGAGGAAGUCCAGUCGUUGUUAAGGGGACAAUUAAACGCAAGGUUUCAAGGACCCCGGAAGAAGAGCGUGCGGAUCCCUGGGAGGUUGCGCUGGAGUCAAUCCAGCCCCUGAACGAGUUCCCGCGUGAGAUUGUGAUGUUUGGAAAGCAAGUCGUCCACCCGCCCAAGCACCGGCAUCUUCAACUGCGAGCUAGCAGCGAGCUGCGCGAUGCGCUCCGGUUCCGAGCGAAAGCGCGCAAUGUCUGCCGCGAGGUACUGGAACAAUCCAACCCGGCUUUUGUGGAGAUAGAGACCCCGUUGCUUUUCAAGUCGACUCCGGAGGGAGCUCGUGAGUUUAUAGUCCCUACCAGAAAGAAGGGCAAGGCCUAUGCUCUUCCGCAGAGUCCUCAGCAGUACAAGCAGAUUCUCAUGGCGAGUGGAAUGCCGAGAUAUUUCCAGUUUGCGCGCUGCUUCCGCGACGAAGACCUCCGCGCUGAUAGACAGCCGGAAUUUACUCAGUUGGAUAUGGAAAUGGCCUUCGCCAGCGGAGCAGAUGUCAUGACAGUCGUUGAAUCACUGAUCCGAGGCCUGUGGUCCAACCUGAUGGAGGAGAUUCCUGCUCAGCCAUUCCGCAGAAUGACCUACCAAGAAGCAAUGACCCGCUACGGUUCAGACAAGCCGGAUACCCGCCAUGAAAUGGAGAUACAUCGCAUCGAACAUAUCCUCCCUACCGACCUCGUGCAGAAGAUCACCCCCCUGACAGACCCAAUCGUCGAGGCAUUCAAGGUCGAAACCAUCGACCAGUCCCCACGCGCCACCCGUGAAUUCAUCUCCCGCUUCCUCGACUCUCGCGAGGGCGAAUCCUUCAACAAAAACCCCGACGGCGCCCCCGGCAUCUUCAUCUACGACGCCUCCACUCCCCUCAACGGCCUAGGCGCCCUCGGCUUCGAAGCCGCCGAAAAGCUCGAGCAAAUGCUCGACCUCAACCACGGCGAUCUAAUCGUCCUCCAGGCUCGCCCACAAGGCCCCUUCGCCGGCGGCUCCACCCAACUCGGCGCCCUCCGCCGUGCCCUCGCCCCCGUCGCCAUCGCCAGCAAAAUCAUCGAAGCCCCCCAAGGUUUCGAAUUCCUCUGGAUCGUCGACUUCCCCCUCUUCACUCCCCUCGACGGCACCGAACCCGGCCAAGGCGGCACGGCCGGCUUCUCCGCCACACACCACCCCUUCACGGCCCCCAAGACCGCCGCAGACGUCGACCUCCUCAGCACCGACCCCACCAAAGCCAUCGCCGACCACUACGACCUCGUCGUCAACGGCGUCGAACUCGGCGGCGGCAGUCGUCGUAUCCACUGCGCCCUGACCCAGAAUUACAUUUUCAAGCAGAUCCUGGGCAUGCCCAAGGAGCGCAUCGACGAUUUCCAACAUCUCCUCAGUGCCCUGUGGGCCGGAUGUCCGCCGCACGCUGGGUUCGCGCUGGGCUUUGAUCGUCUCGUCGCUGUCAUGCUGGGGAAGGAGUCGGUCCGGGAUGUGAUUGCGUUCCCGAAGAUCGGGAAAAUGGGCGAGGAUCCGAUGGUCAAGGCACCGAGUAAGAUUAGUGAGGAGGUGGCGAAGCUGUAUGGAUUGAGGCGGUGAUGGUUUCGCUGAGUGUGUAUUAUGUAUGUAUGGAUGUACGUUAGAUGAUUCUCUACUCAUGUGUAUGAAUCCGAAAUGAAUCGAAUACUGUAUAGAUGGGGUGAACUCGAGAAAGGCGAUCGUUCAAG